GAUCCUGGAGACGCACAGCAGCACGAUCAGAGAGCAAACACAGGAAACACUCCUUUCUUUCUCUCCACUUUCUCUUCACCUUCUCUCCUCUUUCUCUUCCCUCCCUAUCUCCCUCUCUCCUUCUCCACGUUCUGCUGGGACAGCUGGGCUCCGGGCUGCGGCCUAAAAGCCAAGAGGGGUGUGUGGAAACAGACCCUGGGUUUUUGGGAAGAGGUGUCUCCUCUGUAUCGGCUCUUGUUGGGGGUGGAGGGGGGGUGGGGGCGGCUUCAGGCCAUGGCAGGACUGCACUGACAGGAGUAAACAUCGGAAUCUAAGCACGUUCAGUUUGUGUCGUGUACCUAGAGGCGGGUGAUGGAGGCCGGUGAGCCGCUGCGGGUGAAGGAGGAGGAAGAAGAGGCAAACCGCGCCUCGGAGUCGGACGCGAGCGGGAAAGGGGAGGGGCCUGACUACGGGUGGCCCCUGACAGAGGAGCGUGUGAGGGAGGUGCUGUCCCAGGUGGAGAGGCGCUCGAAGGAGGUGGUGUCCUACAUGGAGGGGUGCCUGGAAGAGGCGGGGCCCCGGUUCGAGGGGUGCAUCGGCGAGGUGAAGCUCCUGGAGCUGCAGCGGGACGCGCGGGUCGCGCAGCUGCUGCUGCUGGAGCAGCCAAUGGCGCGGGCCACGCAGGCGCUGAGGGCGGAGCUUGGCGAGGCCCGUAAACUCCUCGCGCGGGUGGAGCUGGAGAGGCAGAGCCUGCAGGAGCAGGUGUGGCAGGUGAAGAGGCGGCUCUUCCUGGUUGCCAGGGACUGCAUCCAGAGCCAGGUCAUGCUGGCAACCCAGCAGCACGAGGUGGCGCAAUUUGCAAUCACACAGGAGGAGCUGACAGCGCAGAUCCAGGAGCUGACGGAGGAGGCGUCUCAGCUGCGGGAGGAGCAGCAGGAUCAGCUGCGGGCGGUGCGGGAGCAGGCCCAGGCAGCGGGCCGACGGCGGCGACCCCGCAGCGACCUCACGCACUGCCGCCGCUUCUCCCUGGACCUCCAGCAGUACCUGCGGGGUGGGGUCCAGGCUCUGGAGCAGCACUACGAGCCCCGGCUCCUGGCCCUGCUCCGGAGGAGGCAGUGGGGGGAGGAGGCGCUGCGGAGGCAGAGGGAGGAGGCGAAGGACCUGAGGGUCCGCAUCGCGCCUCUGAGGGAGGAGGUCCAGGCCCUGGAGCUCCAGAGAGCCUGUAUGGAGGAGAGGGUCGCCCUCAUGGAACGGGAGAGGGAGGAGAAUGUGGCACAGUACCGGGAAGCCCUGGAGGUACUGGAGCAGAGUCUACAUGACUUGAAGACAGAGGUUCAGGUGCAGAAGAAGACAAACGAAGCAAUGGAGAACCUCAAGAACAGCCUGUCCAAGGAGCUGGACGUCCACAGGAAGUUUGGGGAAGUGUACGGAACACCCCGGAUUCCCACUCAGGAGGGGCUGGAAACUGGGUCGCCUGAAACGCUCCGCAGAUGAGAUCAUUCGAAAUUUCUAAAUUUUCCCCCUUGUGCAAUCAAAAAAUAUAUAUAUCUGUGAAAUGCUGUUAACCUUUCCACAGAGACGCAGACACUUAUACACAUAUCACAUAUACAGGCCUGGAUUACAAUGUUCUGGGUUUUUCAGUUUUGUCGACAAGUCAAAACACACCUGUUCAGCCUUGAUCCUGUUGGCUGGAUCCAGGAAGUUUCUUUAACCCAGAUAAUAGGCUUCCCGGGUCUUGGGGAUCCGCACUGUUUCUCGCUGGGUUUGUCCUUUCAGAUCCAAGAAUCUCCUGGCGAGAUGAGCUCUGAACUCCAAAAUCAAUUGCUUUAAUUAAUCGAGUCAGUGCCGAGCAACAAAGAAAACCAGCAAUGGGGCUGUGGUGCUCCUGGACCGGGAUUACAGACCUCUGCCUAUGACCCUGCCCUCACCACAAGCAUUAGCUGAUGUAAUUCUACUUACAAAGGUCUUGAUUGAAGACUGUGAUUAGUUAAUACUUGAAUCAGGAGUCAUGGUGCUGGGCUAAAAAAAAAAAGAAAAAUCUGCACCAUCCAAUCUGCACCGCCUUUUUGGAUGGCCAAUCAGUGAUUUACAUUAGUCACUUAAGUGCUGAAACACCAAGACCAACAGGCACUUGGGGGCUUCCAGGACUGAAGUUAAACUUGCAGACACAGCACCCCCUCCAGCACUGGAGGUAAACCUGCAGACACAGCAUCCCCCUCCAGGCCUGGAGUUAAACUUGCAGACACAGCAUCCCCCUCCAGGACUGGAGUUAAACCUGCAGACACAGCGCCCCCUCCAGGGCUGGAGUUAAACCUGCAGACACAGCGCCCCCUCCAUGACUGGUGUCGAACACCCCUGGCUUUAUGAAGUAUUAUGAAAUUAUUACUAAUAUGAUAUAUGCAUUGUUCUCAUGCCCAUACAUUGGGCACUACCACAUGUUGCAACUCAAUACAGCUUUUAAAAAAAGGAAAGAGGACAUUUGUAAACUAUACAAUAGCAUCAGUGGUACAUAUGCUUGUCUGUCCGUAGGCCUGUUGCCUCUGAUUGGGUGAAUGAUUUUCUAUAAGGACAGGAGAAUAAGGUUUCAUAAACACUAUAAUGGGUGGGGCUACAGUGAGCUGUCAAUCUUUGACUCACUUAAACCAAUCAAAUGGCUUUGCUUUCCACAGCAGAACAUGCCUGGCUGAAACCUGCAAGUCCAUAUGAUUUUUGUAGUUCUGCCCAUUUUUGGUUUAAGGAAGGCUCAUACUCCAAUCUCUAUGUGUGUAUGACUGUGUGACUUCCUGUUUUGUACACCCAUAUUUGGCAUUGCAGUUAUGAAAUGAGCUCAUUAUGCAUUUGCACUCAUGUGUCUUUACUAUCUAAUAAAUAAUCAAUAAGGUCAUACAUACAGUAUUAACUAUUUAAAAGGCAUCACAUUUAGUUUAUUGAAGCCAAUCAAGAGGAUAUUUAAUGAAGUGGGAUUCAGGAGUUUGGCAACAAAUAACAUUUGGAAAUAUUUUAAAUUGGAUGAAAUCUGACUGAACAAAAGUCCCACUUUGUGAAUAAGGCAGUGCACCCCCUGGGCUUUAAACCUGCAACCUCACAAGCUUCUCUUCCCACAACACUUUACGCGGAACCGUUUCAUUAUGACAUCACUACUCUAUUUACAUAGAGCGAGAGUGGACAGCACACUUCCUGUUGAAUGGGGACUGUGAUGAUUGAGCAGCCAAUCACAGGCCUGUUUACCAUAGUGCUCAUGGAGCCAAUGUGCCUCGCUGUUUAUCAUGAAUGUGUAGUCUGCUCACAUCGGGUUUGCACAUCUUAAUUUCUUUUUAAAAAUACCUUUCAGAGGUAGUGCAUUGGGUGACAGCAGGAUUUGGCUGUGAUGUUUGGUUAUGUUGGUGGCAGAGUAUGGAGGGAGCACCAGUGUAGUAUAAUGGGUAAGGAAAUAAACUGACGUUGUACCGUUGAUCUUCAGUGGAAUAGAAUGUAAUGUAAUGCAAAGAGCUGCAGAGAGACGGUGGUGAAUCAAAGGGUCAUGCUGCGGAGUUCACAGCAUACACACACACACACACGCAUGCACACACAGGCAUGCACACAGGCACACACACACAGGCAUUCACACAGGCACACACACACACACACACAAACACAAGCAUGCACACACAGGCAUGCACGCAGGCACACACACAUGCAUGCACAGGCACACACACACA